AUGUCAAUUCCAGGUCUCUUUGAUCAGAUCAUACAUUCAACUGAAAAUAUUGACAUUGUUGGGUUAUUCAAGCAUCUCCAUCCAAAGGUGAUGUUAGGAUUGCCAAUGUUAGAAGGAUCCAACCCAGCUUCCUGUUUCCUGCGUAGUGCUAUUGGCUAUGAAGCUGCUUGCUACAGUCGCAUUUGGAGUGAGGUUUUUGCGGCCGAUAUAUUUGCCUUGAAGUUUGGUGGUGAUCUUUCCAACCAAUAUGCAGGCUUGGAAUUCAGGAAUAAGGUAUUAGCUCCAGGAGGAACAAGAGAUCCUGUUGAAAUAUUGUAUGAUUUUCUUGGAAGGGAACCAUCGAUCCAAGCUUUUGUCGACAGCAAAACUGGUUUUAGGUAG